AAAAUGGCGUUGUUUGGAAUGAAAAAUAAAAAUUUCUUAUCAUUUCGCCAAUGUUGAUAAGGUGAAUUGAAAAUUUGAAAUUUUUAAAAUAAUUUAUUAAUUUCACACUAGUAAUUAAUUUGCAUGUGCAUUGUGGUGUAUUGCUCUAAUUUUAUAGCAAGAUGAGACUUUCAGUUUUUCGAUCAGUCCAAGGGAUUUUAAAAAGAAAUUUACACACCAGUAAUGUACGAUGUUUACCAUUAGUUCCAAUAGUGAUAGAACAAACCGGACGAGGUGAAAGAGCCUACGAUAUUUACUCAAGACUUCUUAAAGAAAGGAUCAUUUGUUUGAUGGGACCGAUCAAUGAUGAUUUAUCUUCGUUAGUUGUCGCUCAAUUGCUAUUUUUACAAUCCGAAAGCAGCAAGAAACCAGUGCACAUGUAUAUCAACAGCCCUGGUGGUAGUGUAACUGCUGGUCUUGGAAUAUACGACACAAUGCAAUACAUAUUACCUCCUAUUGCUACAUGGUGCGUAGGUCAAGCUUGUAGCAUGGCUAGCCUAUUAUUAGCUGCUGGCGAACCGGGUAUGCGACAUUCUCUACCAAAUGCUCGAAUAAUGAUACAUCAGCCAUCAGGUGGUGUUCAGGGGCAAGCUACUGACAUACAGAUUCAAGCUGAAGAAAUUCUAAAAAUGAAACGUCAGUUGAAUGGUUUAUACGUCAGACAUACUGGGAAACCAUUAGAGAUGAUUGAAAGUAACAUGGAAAGAGAUAAAUUUUUAUCGCCCGCUGAAGCAAAGGAAUUCGGUAUAAUCGAUAAAAUACUUGAUCAUCCGCCCAAAUUUGACUUCGAUGGAAACGCACCGAAAGAAGGCGAAGACAGUAGUGAAAUCUCCAAUAAAAAUGAAACCGUGGCGUGAUUUCUUCGAGUUGCGUCUAUGUGCUCGUGGUCAUUUUUUCAUUUCCUUCGGGAAAUUUUCGAAAGCUUCUUUUCAAUUAGGUAUGAUUUGUUGAAGUUUGAAAAAUUGUUCACGACUGAAUAAGAAUUUGUUGAGAAGUUUUUAAUUUUUUGUAUUGUUAGAUAUAUAGGAAUUUGUUAUCGCGUAUGUGUAAUAAAUACUUGCUCGUAA